AUGUCGGCUACAGCCGAAGAUCAAAAGCAUGAAAGAUCUGAAGACAGAGCAAGCGAUGCCGAAGACUCCAAGAUUCGAGAUUUCUACGGCCCUGCCGUGUCAGAAGCGUAUCGCUUGAAGUCGGAGCUGGUUGCACAGCACCUGGCUAAGAUUGGCAUGGGAAGAUUUCAAUACCUGCUCUUCAUCGUGACAGGAUUCGGCUGGAUCGUCGACAACUUCUGGUCCCAGGGCAUCACCGCCAUCAGACCACCCGUCGCAAACGAAUUCACCGACAUCUCACGUCUGAGCUUCAGCUCAGUCGCAUACUAUGUCGGUCUCAUAAUCGGUGCCUGGUUCUGGGGCACGACAGCAGACGCCUUCGGCCGGAAACCAGCAUUCAAUGCGACAAUCCUCCUUGGCGGCAUAUUUGCUUGUGGC